AUGUCGACCACGCCCGAAAACACGCCCGAAAACACGCCUGAAAACACGCCUGAAAACACGCCUGAAAACACGCCUGAAAAGGCCUUCGAGGGCACUUCGGAGCAUUUGAACAAUCCCGAAUCCGAUUCCACCGGUACGCCUUCCUAUCAGCCCUCGAAAGAAGAACGUAUACAACAUGAACGUCAACAAACCGCUGCCACAGGCAAGUGGGCCAUGAUCAGCAAGCUGGGGGAUCUACCCGAGUGGAAAAUCGGUGGCUCCCUCCUUCGAGGCAAGGCCCUCAACUGGUCCAUCGGGUUUGUUGCCAGUUGUGGUUUCUUGAUGUUCGGUUACGACCAAGGUGUACUCAGUGCACUCUUGACUUUGGACUCCUUCCAGGAGAAUCAGAUCCUCAUGACACCUCGGGAACGAGCCAACGAUCUGUGUUGGUUGGACAGUCCGACCAAUACAGUCCCUGAUCCGAACAACUGUACGGGUGAUGCCAACACGCAAGCUGCCGGGGUUGCAAUCUAUCAGAUUGGCUGCUGGAUGGGAUCUUUGGUCAUUCUGUUCUACGGAGAGUCCUGGGGUCGCAAGUCUUCUACCUUCUGGGGCUCGUCGCUCAUGAUUAUUGGAACGAUCAUGCAGGCUGCGUCCUUUGAGUACGGUCUGUUUGUUGGUGGCCGCAUCGUGAGUGGUGUGGGGAAUGGAAUGGUCACAGCGACGAUCCCGACCUGGCAAAGCGAGUGUGCUCGUCCUCAUCAACGAGGAGUUCUCAUCAUGCUCUCUGGAGCCUUGAUCUCAUGUGGUGUCAUGAUUGCCUACUGGGUUGACUACGGCUUCUACUUUCUUUCCGGGUCUGUUCGAUGGCGAUUCCCUCUCAUGUUCCAGUCCUUCUUUACUAUCAUCGUCAUGGUUGGAUUGCUGUUCCUCCCCGAUUCUCCUCGCUGGCUCGUCAUGCAAGGCCGCCGCACGGAAGCUCAGGAAGUGACCUCUCGCCUUCUUGACAAGGAUGAGGACGAUCCCGAGGUACGUGAGGAGAUGCGAAAUAUCUCCGAGGCCCUGGAGGUUCAAAGCAGUGGCGGUGGAUUCAAGAUGAAAGAGCUUCUCACCGGUGGGCCAUCACAAAAUCUCCGUCGAGCAGUACUUGCGAUGGUCUCCCAAUUCUUCCAGCAAAUGUGUGGCAUCAACUUGGUGACAUACUAUGCUACAUUCUUAUUCGAGAACUCCCUCGGCUUUGCACCUGACAUGGCACGGCUUUUGUCGGCCGCUAACGGUACUGAAUACUUCCUCGCUUCCCUCAUCGCUCUCCCAUUGAUUGAGCGCACCGGCCGUCGGAAGCUCAUGAUGAUCGGGGCCUUUGGAAUGAGUGUGUCGAUGGCUAUUCUCGCGGGUAGCGUCUCAACAGGCACAGAGGCCGAGAAUGGUGCUCCACAACUCGAGACCAGGUACGGCGUGACAGCCACCGUUUUCUUGUUUGUGUUCAAUUCGUUCUUCGCCAUCGGAUGGCUGGGUAUGACCUGGCUUUAUCCAGCAGAGAUCACGAAUCUACGUAUCCGAACCCAGGCAAACGCACUAUCCACAAGCUCCAACUGGAUGUCCAAUUUCCUGAUCGUGAUGAUCACCCCGCCGGCGUUCAAAAACCUUGGGUAUCAAACCUACAUCAUGUUCGCGGUCUUCAAUGCCGCCCUCAUUCCUGCCGUGUACUUCUUCUUCCCAGAAACCAAAGGCCGCACUCUAGAGGAACUUGAUAUCAUGUUCGCCAGUGCCCAUGCGAAGGGUAUCUCGCCCGUCAAGCACAGCUGGGAAAUGCCUCACCUCUCGGGGCCCGAGGUUGACUGGGAGCUGUUGCGGUAUUUUGGACCGACGGCCAUCGCCGUUGAAUCCCGGGGAUAG